AAAUGGCCUUGACCUUAUAGAUAGUGACAGAUGUUGUGUAUUUGUGUGAUUUCUUGAUAUCUUAUAUCCAGCACAGUGUAUCCGGAUUGCUCCUCGAAGAAAUGGGUUGAUAAAGAAUCUGGUGUCUCUGAUGAUUUGUGAUGUUGGUGCGAGACGCUCAGACGCCCUGUCGCUAGCCUAUUGACCUAAUGGGGUAAUGUUGGCCACAGUCAGAACCAUCGCCAUGUCUGCCUCUACAACUGCCAAACCUGUUUACAACUUGUCCUUUGCGGGCUGUGGAUUCCUAGGGAUAUACCACCUGGGAGCUGCGGCCUGCAUUGUCAAACAUGGCCAGGGCUUACUAAAGAAUGUCGAGCGUUACGGAGGAGCAUCGGCUGGGUCUUUGGUUGCGGCAACCCUCCUCUGUGGCAGGGAUAAACUUCAGCACUGCAUUGACUUCACGUACAACCUGGCCAGAGAGAUCAAGAAGAAGCCCCUGGGUGCCCUCACCCCAGGCUACAACCUGAUUGUGCCGCUAGAGAAGUUUCUUCGUGAGAUGCUGCCCGAGGAUGCCCAUGACAUAGCCAAGGACAGACUCUUCAUCUCUGUGACUAACAUGAGGACCAAGAAGAAUGAGGUGUUUUCGGAAUAUGAAUCAAGGGAGGAACUGAUCCAGUGUUUACUUGCGAGUUGCUUCAUUCCUGCCUAUGCUGGCUUCCGUCUUCCAAAGAUCAGAAAUCAGAAAUAUGCAGACGGAGGGAUCACGGACAAUCUGCCAAAAUUUGAAGAAGGACAAACGAUAUCAGUUUCACCAUUCUCUGGUGGUCAGAACAUUUGCCCCAAGGAUAAAAAUGGGCUGGGAAUGUACAUCAACGUUGUGAAUCAAGAGUUCCAAGUGAAUCUGCACAAUGGUGCUCGGGUGUUGCAUGCGCUGUUUCCCCCCAAGCGGCGCACUCUUGAGUCAUAUUACCAAAAGGGGGUGAGGGACGCCGAGCGGUUUUUGAUCGAGGAGGAUAUGUUUGAGAGGGGUGAUAUUCUGUGGUAUGAGACUUCGGUGUGAUCAUGAGGCAGCUCGAUAGGAGUUCAAAGCAAACUUUGGGCAGUUGCUGAGGAGGUCCAGAUUGAUGGUCUCUAGGUGGUCAGUAUGCACAGUGUGAAUAGUUAUGAUGUAUCACAAAAUAGAAGAGGCCUCUAUUGGUCACCUGGCGGACUGUAGUCUUCCUUUUAAUUGAUCGAUGAUGCAGCAACGUUCAUUUUCAGGUGAGGUCACUUGAAGGUAUUUCUGUGAAGACCGGUGGAAUUUUGAACUCGAGGAUCUCGUGUUUCUCUAAAACGUAUGCAGGAAAUAUAUUUUCGUUUGAACACCAUAAACUGAUUUCAGACUUGGCAAUCAACCUCAUUUACAAUGCAAAACAGCAGUCUUGUGGUUUCCGGGCUAAGACAACCAGUGGUGUUGGAUUUCCGCAAACAGAUUUAUCAUAUCUAGUCAGGAUUUUGAUGUGGUUUGAGCAUUCAUGACAAAUAAAUAUUUUGCAGUUACAUGUAGUCUUCUGUACAAGGCCUUGUUUUCUGUAACAAUAGACUUCAGUCACUUAUAGUUGGUACAUAAUAUUAUCAUAGUUAGACCUGCAUUUGAAGUGGUGAUUUUACAGUUCUUUUAUGGAGUUCAGUCAUUGAAAGACAAAUGAGAAAUUUGGUAUGUGUUCGAUAUAUUGUCAUUUUGUAGAUGUUAAAGCUUGUUACUGAUCGUAUUGGCCGAAUAGUUUGUACUGACGAGCCCAGUCGGACAUGGAAAUGUUUUGACUUCUUAUCGGGAUGUAAGGUGUUUCCUAAUUUGCUAUGUGAUCUAAUUUGUUUGCUCAGGUUUUUUAGCUAUUGUCUAAUUUGCAUAAUUUCUGUUACUAACCUUUGUAUUUUAAUUCUAGCUGCUUGUUUUACCCCUCUAAUCUCUGGUGAUUCUGCUAAUCUUAGUUCUGGUCAAUUUCCAAUUUGUAAGUUUGCAAUUGUUGUUGCUAUAAUUGUGCAAUCAAUACAAAGUUAAUCAUGUUAAAUGUACAUGUACAUGUACAUACAUUUGUGUAAACGUAUAUGUAUACAGUGCAUACAUGUACAUGUACAUGUGUCUUAUGGUUAAUGUUUCGUCGCAAAAUGUGACAUGGGCUGUAUUUAACCUUUUGAAGUUCUCCAUACCACAGCGUCUGAACUUUCCUCAAAAUUUCCGAGCAUUCUCACUAACAGUAAAACUUGUACAUGUAUGAUAAGAUCCUUUUCAAAAAUGUGCAAUGUAUUUUCAGUAAAAUUACGAAGUUUGAAACUAAAAAAUGCAAAAAAUGGAUGGGAUAUAUCUCAUUUUACUUUGAAAGGUUAUCUUCUGUACUUAGAUUAAUAAAAGUGUUUGGGUAUUUUUGCAUCAAAUCUGUGAACAUGUACAGUGUAGGUGGAUGUGGUACAUGUAAUGUGUCUUCUAUAUUUGUAAUCAUGGAGCAUUUCUGAAAUAAAUCUACUGUUGUCUUUUUGA